AUGGAUCCGAGGGUAGCUUGGAUUCAGCCCGAACAGAAAGGACCCGCAAACGCCUUAUGGAUGCACGUCUGGGAGACCUCUCAGGGAGUACGGACGCUCUCCGCUCAGCAGCAGCUCCACAAUCAAAACUACAACCAGUGUGUGAAUUACGCUGCGUUGGAUGUUUUAAAAAAUGUGGUGGCAUCGAGCAAGAGUCUUAGCAGCGGCGGCGGCGGCAGCGGCAUCGGCAGCAGCAGCAGCAGCCAUCACAGCAUCAUGAACGGGACUGCAAUCUCCUCUUUAGGGCUGUCCAACGGGAACGUACAUAACUCAUUCACCACCACGACGACGACGACGACGACUGAACCAGGUGAGGGGAAAAACGUGCCCCAGAAGACGACGGGACCUGUCUCCUCUUCUUCGUCGUCGUCGUCGUCGUUAAAGGAUAGCCCCCCGUCUGGCUGCUCACUUGACAGGACUAUGGUUGGGAACGUAUCGGGCGACAUCAAUAGAAAUGUCGGGGGUGCCAAUCUGCUUUUCAACGCGAGCGACAGAAUGGACAAUAACGUCAACCUGUAUCACCGCCGUCACCUGCAGGAGCACCCGGCUUUCAAUUUACAGCAAAUGUGCAUAAAGCGCCACCAGGUUCAACCGUGUCUACCUGUAAAUCACACACACCACCCAGGUCGAAGGAAAAGUGACAACAAAGCGAGCACUUAUGGGAUGAAUUACUUGCUUUCAAACUGCACUAAUGGCAAUUAUGCGAGCACUUUGACGCCGUGGAAGACGAGGAGGUACAACCCGGGGGUCCUCGGGCUCCAUGAGGAAGUGAUGGACUUCUACAACUUCAUGUCCCCUCGGCCAGAAGAAGCAGCUAUGAGGAAGGAGGUGGUGAACAGGAUAGAGAUGAUCAUCAAAGAGCUGUGGCCCACCGCGGAUGUACAAAUAUUUGGCAGCUUCAGCACAGGGCUGUACCUCCCAACAAGUGACAUUGACCUGGUGGUGUUUGGAAAGUGGGAGCGUCCCCCGCUGCAAGAGCUGGAACAAGCUCUUAGAAAGCAUAACGUCGCUGAACCUUUCUCUAUUAAAGUGCUGGACAAAGCUACAGUGCCAAUCAUCAAACUGACAGACCAGGAGACGGAGGUGAAGGUGGACAUCAGUUUCAAUGUGGAGACUGGAGUGAAGGCAGCAAGCUUCAUCAAAGAUUAUGUAAAGAAGUACCCAGUGCUGCCUUACCUGAUCUUUGUGCUGAAGCAGUUUCUGCUGCAGAGAGAUCUGAAUGAAGUCUUCACAGGGGGAAUCAGCUCCUACAGCCUCAUCCUUAUGGUCAUCAGCUUCCUACAGCUCCAUCCUCGUAUUGAUGCCAGAAACCCCAAUGAGAAUUUGGGCGUGUUGCUGAUUGAGUUCUUUGAGUUGUACGGCCGCCAUUUCAAUUACUUGAAAACAGGGAUCAGAAUAAAAAAUGGAGGCGCAUAUGUAGCCAAAGAGGAGAUCAUGAAGGCCAUGACAAAUGGAUACAGGCCAUCCAUGCUGUGCAUAGAGGACCCACUUCUUCCAGGUAAUGAUGUAGGGAGGGGUUCCUAUGGUGCCAUGCAUGUCAAGCAGGUGCUUGAUUAUGCCUACACUGUCCUGAGUCAUGCUGUAUCCCCCCUCGCACGGUCAUAUCCCAACAAAGACUCGGAAAGCACCCUGGGAAGGAUAAUCAGGUUGACACAGGAAGUUAUUGACUACAGGGAAUGGAUUAUCAAGAAGUGGGGGGGCAGGGAUCUGACUCGAAAUGACAACAGAGUUUCACCUCCCAAGGAGCCAGUGUCCGAACAUGAUCCCUGUGUGCUAGGAGGUGGUGUCGGGUCCGAGGAGCAGCAGAGGGACUCAGCGUCUCCCCAGAGUGCAGACUCCCCAAUGUCCAUCUCCAGUCCUCAUCAGCACUCCUCAGCCUCCUCGGUCUCCUCACUGUCUGGAUCAGACAAUGACUCUGAUUCAGCACUGCCGUGUCCUGUCCCUCCUCCAGCUCUGCCACCGUACCCGUCUUUCCCACCUCUGGGCCUUGCUUUACCACCAGGCCUUAACAUGGGCAAGCCAGGCAUAGGAGGACACCAUCUCCUCAUGCCUCCAGGCUCACAGGCUCGCGUCUCACUGCCCGGUGGUCUAACAAUGCACUCCAUACCUGGCAGACAGGUGUGUAUAGACACCGGGCUCCCCCCCUUCUUCCACAUGCCCCCCCUAGCCCAUGCUCACCCCCCUGCCCCAUCCAGCCCCCAGCCUCCGCUCAGCCCCCACUCCAGCCACACACACAAGAAUGGAGCUAAGUUUAAUGUGAAGGGCUUCCACAACCCGCCACUGGUCAACAACCCUGUGAUGGUUAACCGUGGACACACACACACUCACACGCACACACAGUAUCACCGCAACACUUGGCGUCGCAGAAAGAGGGACAGCCUUCCGGUUAGCCUCAGCAGAUAGAAACCACUCCUCUCCCCCCCACUUUUCCUCCCUCUCUUCUCUGGCUGCGAGACUGUGGCUCAUCGUCCGCCUCAAAGGAAGAUGGACAGGCAGACAGAGGACCAGCAGAGACCAGCAGUUUUCACUCUGGGGCUGUCGCCACAUGGAUCAACAGCCCUCAGCUCUGCUUCUUUCUUCUUCUAUCUCUACCUUUCCAUUUCUGCAUGACUUUAGUUCACAGUUUUGUAGUUUCAUUAUUAUGCUAAUUUCAGUAUUUUAUUGAUCUCAACUUUAUUUCAGGUCAAUUCCUGUUUUAUUUUUGUAUUGUUUAUGAGACUUGGCGAAGAUGCCUUUGACAAGUUCACUUGACCUCGUCAUAGCCCUUGCAGCCAAGCUGCCUGUGGUUCAGUGUUACAUUUUUUUUUUUUUUUUUUU